ACUUUUGAUGACUUUUGCAGGAGCAAGACGACCUAGCCACCUCUGCCUCUUUCCCUUCCUUUCUCUCUCUAACUCACCUGUUCUUGACCCUGGUCUUCCUUAUCUCUCUCCCUUCUUCUCCUAGUGAUGAAUUAUUAUCUGAUGCUCAGCAGCACUCAUGGAGAAGGUGUUCUGUCUCGGUACCAGAGCUUGCGUCUGGAGGGUCGAAUGUGUGAUGUUGUUUUGGAGGCGGAAGGUGUGGAGUUUCCUGCUCAUCGCACUUUACUAGCCUGUUCCAGUGACUACUUUUGGUCUAUGUUCCAAGACUACACUCUGGAAUCCAGUACUCACACUAUCAGCUUGCCAGCCCUGUCAUCUCUGGGCCUGGAGCAGAUACUGGACUUCAUCUACACCUCAUGGAUCUCACUGUCACCCUCCACUUUGGAGGUCACACUGCAGGCUGCCUGCUAUCUACAGAUAACUCAUGCUGUGAAUCUUUGCACUCAGUACAUCUCAGAGAGCAUUGCUCCUGACAAUUGCUGCUUUUUUGCUAACAUAGCAGCAUGCUAUGGCCUUUCUGAAGCCUUCAAUGACAGCAACUCUUUCAUUGCCAGAAACAUGUGCAGAAUUCUUGCAACUGAGGAAUACAAGACUGAGAUAAUGGAGUUAAACCUUGAUUCUCUGCAAGAGGUGCUUGUAGCUGAGGAGAUGCCAGGAGUGAAGGAGACAGAACUUCUACAGCUGCUUUUGGACUGGCUAGAGUGCAACCCGCAAUCUGCCCUGCAAAGUAAUGCAUUGCUCAGUCGGAUCCGAUUUGGUUUGGUGCCAUCUGAAGAGCUGUCUCAACUUAGUGCACUUAAACCUGCUUUACGUACACCCUUCAUCCGCAGCGUAGUGCAGAAAGCGCUUAACUACCACCUUCAGGGUCCCUUACAACCUCUACUUCAAAGUGUCCACACCAGCCUAAGAGCCAUAAGCAACAAGAUUCUUCUGAUAGGGGGAGGACCAGAAGCAAACAGACCCCAGAAUCAGAUCCUAACCUACGAACCUCGCAGCAAGAAAUUCCAGCCACUUCCAGCAUCCCUACCAAAUAAGAUACAGCACCAGGGAGUAUGCGUUGUUGGGAACUUCUUAUUUGUACUAGGUGGUGAGGUGGUGCAGGUGGAUGAGGAGAACGAGAAGAGUGCUGUGAUGACUGUCACUGACAAGGUGUGGCGCUAUGACCCACGGUUUGAGCAGUGGGAGGAGAUGGAACCACUCUUGCAGAAGAGGGCACAGUUUGCCUGCUGUGUGAUGGAAGGUGUUAUUUUUGCUAUUGGUGGACGGGGCGAGAAGGGUGAGCCUGCUUUGUCAUCCGUGGAAAGGUACGAUAUGAGUGAAGGGUGCUGGCGCAGUGGUGUAUCCCUACCAAAUUCAGUUCAUGGACACGCCUGUGCCACUAUUGGAACAGGAAUCUACAUCUCCGGUGGCAUUCAUAUCAACAACCCAGAGAGCAGCAAAGAUGUGUUGUUUUUGAAUUCUGUUGAGGGGGAUGCCUGGCAGAGAUGUUGUAACAUGUCCAUUGCCAGAUUCAGCCACCAGAUGGCAACAGUGAGGGGAAGAAUUUACACCUUUUUGGGAAUGUAUGAGCCCUUCUGUGACAUUGAACGCUACAGUCCUGAGCAAGACCUGUGGACCCGUCUAAAGCCCCUACUGAAUGACCGCUUCUGCUAUGGUUUGACCGCAACAGGGGGCAGACGUGUGCUUAUGUUUGGAGGCAGAAAAUGGCAGGAAGGACAGGAGGUGUGUACAACAAACGUGCUGGAGUAUGACACAGAAUAUGAUGCCUGGAGGGAAGUGUGUAAACUACCAGGGCCCUUGUGUGGGAUUCAGUGUGCCAUAAUGACUCUUCAAGACCCUCCGGAGACCUAAAAGUCAAUUACAAACACCAUCCCACAUACACACAGACAAACAGAUGGCUGUCAUGGGGCAGAGAGAGUUGAUGGACAAGGGUAUUCUUUGUAUCAUGGAUACAUGGAUUGUAAAGUGGCAUGGAAAACAGGAGUCUAUUUACCCAGAUACAGAAGACCUUGGUGGGGGUAAAAUCCUGUCAAGUAUGUUUUGCAGCAAGCAUUAAGGAACCCCUGAAAGUAGGUCACUAUGAAUAGGGUAGAGAAAUUCAUGACAUUGAUAGAUGAAUUGUCAUAAAGACUUUGUCCUGAAAAAUGGCAUAGUUCCUGUAUGGACACUGGAGAACUAAAGAUUACAUUUCAGACCACUGCACACUCUUGAAAGGCACGAAGAAAGGACAAACCAACAGGAAAGCCAUCUAGAUAAGGACAAAUGAAAACAGACAUAAAGUGUGCACUUGAAGUCCAGCUUGGACAAGAUUUGACUAUUUGGCACUGUGUGAAGAUCAAAGGUGACACUCAUAAUGUCUUAUGACAGAGGGACAGCUGCCAUGAAUGCUGGAUACAGACUGUGGAUAGUAGAAAAUACAGCAGUUAAAAUGAAGGAGAGUACACUCACAGACACUGCGAGAGAAAGCCAAAUUAGACCAUUGAUUUGGAAGGGUACAUGGGAAUUCAAAGCGGGCAAGGACAAGUGUCAAGACCACUGAGUGUGUGUGGGAUGCAGACAAGCCAAAUGAGGAUGAGGAGAUUUUUAGUGAGCAAUGAUAAACAAAACUGCAUAGGCAUGUAUAUCUGACAGCUCAAAAGUCAGGCCCUGCAUGGAAAUCUAGAUUCCCAGUCACAGAUAAUAUAGUGUGACUAGAAAACCAAUAUAAUUAAGGUGAACUGCAAAUAGUGAACAGCGGAAAUCUUGCAAAACAGUGCAAUAUACAUCAACUGUAGUCACUAGGCUGGAUGAUAUAUCAAAAAUUCAUAAUAUAUUAUUUUAUAAUAGUAUCUAUAUUUGUACAAGAAACCAUACAAAAAACUGAUGUUUUAAUAAAAUAAUGCAUGUUUGUUUUUCCCCUUCAGUAGAAGAGGUUGCCCGUUUGAUUCAUUUCUGUAAAUUCAAAUUGAUUCAGAUGAAUCAGUUCAAAACUAGUAGUAGUAACCAUUUCUGUGUUGGCAUUUCAAGCAGCAUUGAGCAUCGAGUCUGUACAAUGAAUAUUGACAUUUGUUAUGACAAUUCUACAAAUGAUUCAAUGCAAAAGAGCAGCAAAGAGAGCAAUGCAUUAAUAAAAGAUUUGACUACAUAAAACUUUGA